AUGCGGGUGAGAACGAUCAUUACAAACAUCCUCAACGAAAUCGUCUUUCGCCAGAUCGCGGAUGCACGACACGACUGCAGUCCGUACAUGUUGAUCCACUUUUGGACCAUCUGCCGCAUCCUGCAAGGCAUUCCCCCACAAUUGGGUUAUCCCAAAGAAAAGCUUCCUGAUGUCAUUGCUGAUCAGGUCAAAGAAUUUGUUCAGGCACUACAGGGUCCUCCGAAGGUGGUCAAUACAGGAGCCACCGCGGGACUGCUUGAUCUUCUGAAGACUUUCCUUCAAAUCUCACCUCGUGACUUACAAGAUACCAUCCGGAUUGGUUGUCUCUGCACUGCCCGGGCCCUCACGAGCAAACUUGGCCCCGAUAAUGCUACCGUCCUCAGCACGUGGCUUAACUACUACCGCUACCGGGACAAGGAAGGCCUUGAUCGACAACAGUUUCUAGGCAGAUACGGAAGAGCCCUGGAGGAGAUUGAACAACAGUAUGCUCCUAACCACGAGUACGCGAUCGACAUCUUGUGUAACUAUGCUGUCGCAGCGCACUACCUUUGUCACGACAACGACCUGGCCAGAAAGCUCGCGUUUGAUCUCUGGGAACGGACUCAAAGUGCUUGCGAGGAGCCUGCUUGGACCGUGAAAACCAAGGGGAUGGCUGAAGCAGCGAAGUUGAUUGCGCUCCUUGGUUGCGUCAACCAUGAGAACAAGCGCAAGAAUGCAAAGGACAUGAAAAAGAUUCGUCAAAAAGCAGGUUGUAAGGGGAAGGCAGGUCGCAAGAAAUGGCGCCAAACCCUUAUCCCUCCACCACUUCCUCAAGACGCCGCGAAGGCCGUCGCUCACCUGGACGAAGCAGCCAGAAAACUCGCAGAUCGCGGCGACUGGGACUCCCAAUUCACGGCGGCCUUCUUGUAUGACUGUCUGGCCAAUUUGACCCGAGAAUUCUGCAGGGAAAACUCCGAAGGCCAUCGUGGAGAAGGGUCAAAGAUUCGAUCUAACAUUGUUUUGUUCCACGAACUCAUCAAAGAACCACCGACAGCCGUCUCCGCUUAA